AAUCACAAAAUGAACCUCUGGGAUCUGGCAAUCAAACUAGUCUUCUUAUCACAAACAACCACUGGAACUUUGGGGAAUUUUUCUCUUUUGUUCUGCUAUCUAGGUCUUUACUACAGAGAAUGCAAACUGAAACCCACAGAUUUGAUUCUCAUGCAUCUAAUGGCAGCCAAUGCCUUGAUCAUUCUUUCUGCAGGAGUUCCCCACACAAUGGCAGUUUGGGGAUGGAAGCAGUUCUUGACUGAUUUUGGAUGCAAAUUCGUAUUGUACACUCAACGAACUGCCCGGAGUGUGUCCAUUGGAACCACAUGUCUCUUGAGUGUCUUUCAGGCUGUCACCAUCAAUCCUAAAAAAUCGUGUUGGUCAGAUCACAAAAGCCAAGCUGAGAAGUACAUUGGAUCCUGCCUAUUUAUUAUCUGGAUUUUGUACUUGUUGAUAAAUUUCAUUUUCUUUGUGAACACAUUAAGCAAAAGAAUCACAAACAAUGGGACAAGAAAGCGAGAUUUUGAAUACUGCACCACUGUAGGGAGUGAUCCAAUUAGUGAUGGCCUCUAUGCAGCAUUUGUGGUGUGUCCUGAAGUCUUCCUUUCUGGGCUCAUUGCGUGGUCCAGUGGUUCUAUGAUUGUUCUGCUGUUCAGACACAAACAGGUGGCUCAACACAUCCGCAGCACUCAUAAUUCCAGCAGAACUUCCCCUGAGUCCAGAGCCACACAACACAUCCUGUCCCUGGUGUCUAUCUUUGUGUGUUUUUAUACUCUAUCCUCCUUCUUAAGAGGCUGCAUUGCUCUGUUGCCUAAACACAACUGGUGGCUAGUAAACAUCACUCCCUUCAUUUCUCUUUGUUUUCCCUCUUUUGGACCUUUUGUCCUUAUGAAUCAUUACUCUGUUAUGCCCAGACUCAGUUUAUUCUGGAUAAGGAAUAACCCCUCUUUUUCAUAUUUUCAUUAUUUAAGUGAUAUAUUUUGCCUGGUAUCCAUGGGUUAA